ACAACCUCACACUCCCCCCAUGCGACUCCCAGUGAUACGGAUACCGCCUAUCUAUCGUACCGCUCGAGUAUUCUCCAAUAAUUCUCCGCAUAAACGCGCCAUGCAUAUCAAGACAAUUCCAAUGUCUUGGGGGAAGGGCGACAACUAUGCGUACCUUGUUAUCGACGAAAAAACCAAAGACUCUGUCAUUAUUGACCCCGCAUACAUCGAGGAUGUGAUCCCUACUCUGAGCCCUCUUGUGAAGUCCGGAGAGAUCAACCUCACUGCAAUCAUCAACACCCACCACCACGACGACCACGCCGGUGGAAACCGCAAGAUUCUCGCUGAAUACGCCGACAAGAAGCUCCCCGUAAUCGGCGGCAAAGACUCCGACGCCGUCACCAAGACCCCCGCGCACAACACCGGUUUCUCCUUUGGCUCCAUCGUCGUCGAGGCCCUACACACCCCCUGCCACACCCAAGACAGCAUCUGCUGGUUUAUGCAAGACGGGGAUCAGAAGGUCGUGUUCACAGGGGACACACUAUUCCACGGCGGAUGCGGGCGGUUCUUCGAGGGGUCGGCGGAGGAGAUGGACAAGGCGCUGAACAAGACUCUUGGCUCGCUGCCGGAUGAUACGAAGGUGUACCCGGGGCACGAGUAUACCAAGGCCAAUGCGAGGUUUGGGGAGAGCGUGAGUAAGAGUAAGGGUGUGGCGGAGCUGGUGAAGGUGGCGGGGGCGAAUGAGCAGACGACGGGGAAGUGGACGAUUGCGGAUGAGAAGAAGCAUAAUGUGUUUAUGAUGUUGGGGGAUGCGGAGAUCCAGAAGGCGACGGGGCAGACGGAGCCGGUUAAGGUGAUGGAGAGGUUGAGGGAGAUGAAGAAUAAUUUCUAGAGAUAGAUAUUUAAUUCUAUGUAUUUUAUCUGUGAUAUCUUCGAUGAUUAUCUGGAGCAAGAAUGUUUUGGGACUUUACGGGCUGAAGCUAUUAUAGGAGUUUACCCUGAAGCUAUUAUAGGAG